AUUGUGGGUGGGGUUUGGAGUAAACGAUGGAGUUGGCUGCCAACAUCUCUUUUAUGUUCAAGGAACGCGAGCUUCUGGACCGUUUCAGAGCCGCUGCCGCAUGUGGUGAGGUCUAAACAGCGGCUGAUUUGUUCGAUGCGUGUUGUGGCGCAGGAUUUCGCGCCGUGGAGUUUGGGUCGGAGGUGGUGGCCCAUUGUGAGAGAGAAGCUGUGGUGGCAGCCAAGGAGAACGCUGGAGUGGAAGUCGUCAACAUGUCUACCCCCUACGGUGCACCGGGAGAUAAAGGACUUGCUGCAGUUCCUGGCAGAGAAGCAGACUUUAGAACGAUUCUACUGACAACACUGGACUGGGCCCUUGCUCUAAAAUGUCCGAGGAUUCACAUAAUGGCUGGUGCUUUUGAUAGAGAGGUGCAGCAGACUGAUCCUCUCUGGCAGAGGGCCCAUGCAACUUACAUCUCCAAUCUUCAGUUUGCUGCUGAUGAAUGCAGUAAGAAAAAUGUAACUGUUCUCAUAGAGGCUAUUUCAGUCAUUCCACACUACUUUCUACAGCAUCAGAAACAAGGGAUUGAUAUCAUUAAGAAAGUUGCCCGAGACAAUGUUAAAUUGGAAUUUGAUUUUUAUCAUGCUCAAAUGCUAGAUGGGAACCUCUGUGAUUUUCUGACUCGCAAUAUUGAUCACGUAGGUCACAUACAGAUAGCUCAGGUGCCGUAUCGUCACGAACCUGACGAUCGAGGGGGAGAUCAAUUACCCCUUUGUGUUUCAGACCCUGCGAUCUCUGGGAUAUAGAGGAUGGAUAGGCUGCGAAUACAUCCCUCGAGGUAAAACAGAAGAUGGACUUGCAUGGGCUGCCCCAUUUCUUUCCAAGAAAGACUGAUUUUCAAUGAACACCGAUAUUUUAUGUGCAAGGCGUAAUUUUUCAGAGCCACAAUAUAUCCACUUUGUAAGAAUCAUUGUAUAUACAUAACGAGAUUAUGGCUGUAUUUGCUUCAAAAAUCAUGACGAUUGUAUACCUCAGAUCAGUGUGUUGCGGGAACAAGGUCAUGUGAUACUAUUCACAUGAGGACUCUCUAAGUAUGGGGGAGAUUGGGUACCAUUGCUAUCUGCUGGCGAAGUUCUGUUGCUUUCAUCUAGUCUCUCUCCGUUUAGCUUUGCUGGGCUCGCCGGACUCGCCUUCUCUGACGCCCUUUUCUGCUUGUGAAUCUCGUCCAAAACCUCCACAAUUCUUCCGAGAGCAGCUCUGUGUUCCACCACUUCGUAAAACAGCCGCGCCUUUACCUCCAAGUCUUCCACCAGCCGAUCCCUCUCCUCCGCCGCCCGCAACAGUACGUCAACCCGCGCCUCGCCCUCACCCAGUCGACUAACCAGCUCUGCAUUCUGGGCGUCUUUGGCCUCGAGUUCUCGCUGCCUGCUCAGUUCGGCGGCUUCCAGUCGAGCCCUCAGCUCCGCAUUCGUCUUCUCCAGUUCCUGACUGUGGAGGGCGUGCAUGUGUACCUGGUUCUCCAGCUCGAUGACUCGGCGGUGAAGCUGCUUCAAGUGCUCGUUCGCCUCCUUGAUGUUCAGCUUGUUCAUCGCCGGUCGGGUCGGGCUGCUGGUAUAUAUAGACGAAACGGGAAAGGGAUUCUGUGCUCUAGAGUGAGCGCAAGCGUACAAUUUCGGCCGCUCUAUAUAGCAAGAAAAAGACGAUC